AGCAGCCACUGGGCUGAGAGCCCCUCCUGGGAACCCCCCUCCCUUGAAUGCUCUUUGAAGUGGGAGAGGGAGGCAGCUGGGGAAGCAGGACCAGAGACAGGCAGAGCCCGCACAUCUCUGCACUCACCUUCCUGCACCGUGCACCUGGCAGUAGCUCUCACCCUUUUCUCUGGGAGGACAACCUGCUGACCCUGGGUGAGGAUGGAUGGCAGACGGCAGCAUUCACGCUGGGCUUGGUCCUUGCUGGCCAUGGCAGUUGUGGCUGGGGCUGCGGCACCUACCGAGGCUUCCCUGCAUCUCCAGGUUUCUUCUGUUAAGGUGGAGCCUCUGCUUACUCUUGGGAGGGCGGUGCUUUUCACCCAGGACAAGAACCCCACAUCCAACAGCCUGGAGGGAGGCGCUGACACCACUGCCUACUGGUGGGGGGAGUGGACCAAGUGGACAGCAUGUUCCCGCAGUUGUGGGGGCGGGGUGACAUCCCAGGAGCGCCACUGCCUGCAACAGAGGAGGAAGUCUGUUCCAGGCACAGGGAAUAGGACCUGUGUGGGCACGUCCAAACGCUACCAGCUCUGCAGAGUGCAGGAGUGUCCACCGGAUGGGAGGAGCUUCCGUGAAGAGCAGUGUGUCUCCUUCAACUCCCGUGUGUAUGACGGCCGGGCGUACCAGUGGAAGCCCCUUUACCCGGAUGACUACGUGCACAUCUCCAGUAAGCCAUGCGAUCUACACUGCAGCACCGUGGAUGGCCAACGGCAGCUCACGGUGCCGGCCCGAGACGGCACUUCCUGCAAGCUCACCGACCUGAGAGGGGUUUGCGUGUCUGGAAAAUGUGAGCCCAUUGGCUGUGAUGGAGUGCUCUUCUCCACCCACACACUGGACAAGUGUGGUGUCUGCCAGGGGGACGGGAGCAGCUGCACCCACGUGACAGGCAACUACCGAAAGGGCAACAAUCAUCUUGGUUACUCUUUGGUGACCCAUAUUCCAGCUGGUGCCCGGGAUAUCCAGAUUGUGGAGAGGAAGAAGUCAGCAGAUGUGCUGGCUCUUGCUGACGAAGCUGGUUUCUACUUCUUCAAUGGCAACUACAAAGUGGACAGCCCCAAGAACUUCAACAUUGCUGGCACGGUGGUUAAGUACCGCCGGCCCAUGGAUGUCUAUGAGACUGGCAUCGAGUAUAUAGUGGCACAGGGACCCACCAACCAGGGCCUGAAUGUCAUGGUGUGGAACCAGAACGGCAAAAGCCCCUCUAUCACCUUCGAGUACACCUUGCUGCAGUCGCCACACAUGCGCCACCUGCCACCUGUUUAUUACAGCUUCUCUGAGGCAACCUCCCAGAGCACAGAGAGCACCGAGCGGCAGGAGCUGGACAGUGCGAGGCUGCUGGGCUUCGUGCGGCACAAUGGCUCACUCUACCGCCAGACCUCUUCAGAGAGGCUGGGCCUGAACAGCCAGCUGUUUCAGCCUCCAGCCCCUGAGGUGGAGCUGGGUCCAAGCAGAGGCCAGGAGACCAACGAGGUGUGCAAGCAAGCCAGCGGUGGGGUCUGUGAGGGACCUCCCAGGGGCAAGGGCUUCCAAGACCACAAUGCCACUGGGAGAGCUCUCUCUGCGGACAAGGAUGACCGGGAGAUCAGUGCACAUUUUACCUCCCACGAGCUUCUCUCAGCCAACACCAUCUCCGAUCAGCUCUUGGGCACAGGCUCUGAGUCAGAAGAGUUCUCACUCAACGAGACCAUGAACAGCAUCUUUGCCCAGGGUGCUCCCAGAAGCUCCCCAGCUGAGAACCUCUAUGUGGAUUAUGAGGAGAAUGAGGGGCCUGCUGCCUACUUGAUCAAUGGGUCUUACCUGGAGCUGAGCAGUGACAGGAUCAACACCUCCUCUGAGGCCCCAUUCCCCAACACCAGUGCCAGUCCCCCCAACUUGGCUGGGAACAGGACUCAAAAGGCAAGGAAGUCAAGUCUGCUCUGGGAGCCGGUGCAAUCAAAGGGACCGCCUAGAAAGGAAGGGCUAUUUUCAUCUUCUAGAGAGGCUUCAAACAACCCCGGGAGGGGCUGUCACCAGACACUUUGGGAACAGGCGUCUGGGAUGCAAAGGCACGCUCUGAAGCCUGGAGGAUGGACCAGACCCAAGGCACGCAAGCAAGGUGUGAGCCCAGCUGACAUGUACCGAUGGAAGCUCUCAUCCCAUGAGCCCUGCAGUGCCACAUGCACCACAGGAGUCAUGUCCACCUAUGCCAUGUGUGUUCGCUAUGAUGGUGUUGAAGUGGAUGACAGCUACUGCGAUGCCUUGACCCGUCCUGAGCCUGUCCACGAAUUCUGCGCUGGGAGGGAGUGCCAGCCCAGGUGGGAGACCAGCAGCUGGAGCGAGUGCUCACGCACCUGUGGUGAGGGUCAUCAGUUCCGUAUUGUGCGCUGUUGGAAGAUGCUGUCCCCUGGAUUUGACAGCUCCGUGUACAGUGACCUCUGUGAAGCCACAGAGGCCGUCCGUCCGGAGGAACGCAAGACGUGCCGCAACCCAGCCUGCGGACCACAGUGGGAGAUGUCUGAGUGGUCAGAGUGCACUGCCAAGUGCGGAGAGCGCAGUGUAGUGACCAGAGACAUCCGCUGUUCGGAGGAUGAGAAACUGUGCGACCCCAGCACCAAGCCUGUGGGAGAGAAGAACUGCACUGGGCCUCCCUGUGACCGCCAGUGGACUGUCUCAGACUGGGGACCGUGCAGCGGGAGCUGUGGACAGGGCCGCACCAUCAGGCAUGUGUACUGUAAGACCAGCGACGGAAGGGUAGUCCCCGAGUCUCAGUGCCAGACAGAGUCAAAACCUCUGGCCAUCCACCCCUGUGGGGACAAGAACUGCCCAGCACACUGGCUGGCUCAGGACUGGGAAAGGUGCAACACCACCUGUGGGCGUGGUGUGAAAAAGCGAUUAGUUCUCUGCAUGGAGCUGGCCAACGGGAAGCCUCAGAUCCGCAGUGGCCCUGAAUGUGGGUUAGCCAGGAAGCCCCCUGAGGAGAGCACGUGCUUCGAGAGACCUUGCUUCAAGUGGUACACCAGCCCCUGGUCAGAGUGCACCAAAACAUGUGGGGUAGGUGUGAGGAUGCGAGACGUGAAGUGUUACCAGGGAACCGACAUUGUCCGUGGAUGUGACCCACUGGUGAAGCCUGUUGGCCGACAGGCUUGUGACUUGCAGCCAUGCCCCACAGAGCCCCCAGAUGAUAGCUGCCAGGAUCAGCCAGGUACCAACUGUGCACUGGCCAUCAAAGUGAACCUCUGCGGCCACUGGUACUACAGCAAAGCCUGCUGUCGCUCCUGCAGGCCCCCCCACUCCUAGCUGCUGCUGCAGCCCCUGAGAUAUAAGCACGCUAUCCUGGGGCUUCCUUGGACACCCAUUCUGCAGGGGGAUGCUGGACUGUGAAGAUGUGACACAGAGCACAACUGACAAGAAGGGGACUUUGACAUUGUGGCCUUGUCUCUGCCCUGGGCGAGAGCCUCCGGUGCCCACAGGCCCCUUUUCAGGUGGAGCCACCCUGCUGCAGGAAGCUGCACAUGCACUCCCAGGAUCCUGUGUCUGUGCCCAUCCCAGAGGGCUCAGAGUCUAGAAGCCAGAGUAGGCAGUAGUGCCCACUUUCAGACCCACCUCUGAUAUGACAGAACUCUCUCAGGGUGACUUGCAGGUGCCACAGGAAGGACAGAGUUCCUUUCUUUGACUGUCUUGGGUAAGGAGAGGCCUUGGGUCAGCUUGAGGCCAGGCUGUCCUGUCUCUGGAAGUACUGAAGGUACCCCUUCCUAUGGCAUUAGUGCCACUGUCCCCUCCCAGAAUUCCUGUGCUAGAUGGGAGGGACGUCCCGUAUUCCUGGGUGUCUCUGCCAGCCUCCUCACUACUUACUGGUGCAUGUUAAUAAAGUGGCUGUAU